AGUCCAUAAAAUAUCUCCAAAAUCAAAUCAAAAUACUAGGAAAAACCGGAAACGCCUCUUUCUCCUCUUCCAGAUCCUUCCUCUCCAGCCCCGUUCCAGCCAUCCCCGAUUUGACCACUCGCUCUCGGAGCAGAAUCCCCUCGAUUCGAUCGGUGUGAGGGGGCGAUGAGGAAGCGGGAGCGGGAGAACCCGUGCGGGAUCUGUGGCCACUACCACAAAUACGAGGAGGGAGAGCCGUGCGGGGUGUGCGGCCACCGCCCGCCGGUGGUAGGGUCCGUGGCGGGGGCGCCGAAGCAGGAGUCGGCGUUCCCCUCCGAGAUAUUGAAGGACUUCCUCUUCCUCGGCAGCUACGACAACGCUUCCCGCUCCGAACUCCUCAAGACCAUCGGCGUCUCCCACAUCCUCAACACUGUACCCUUAUGCCAAAACCUUUACCGGAAUUCAUUCACUUAUCACUGCCUUCAAGACGACAAGACAUUGCAGUUUGAUGACGCAAUCCAGUUUCUAGAACAAUGCGAGAGGGAUAAAGCACGUGUUCUAGUCCAUUGCAUGUCAGGGAAAAGUAGGUCAGCUGCCUUUGUGAUAGCCUUCUUGAUGAAGUCCAGAGGCUGGAGACUUGCACAAUGUUUUCAAUGGGUGAAAGAACGGAGACCACAAGUGCAACUGGCUGAUGCGGCACAGCAGCAGUUGAUGGAGUACGAACAGAAGCUUUUUAGUUCCAAUGUCUGCGUGCCAGCUCAAUAUUUUGCUCCAACAGAUACGUUCCCUUCUCUUGGAUUUGGUUUUCCAAAACCGUCAGGGGAAGUCCAGGUGCCUACCUUUAACCAGCAGGCUCCAGCAUCCAUCUUUGAGCGGGUCAGCCCGAGCAACAUUCCGACUAAUUUCACAUUUGGAGCUGAAAGAAUUACCGAAGCGGAGCUCCCAGAUAGCAAUAACUUUGGUGUGGUCAACUUGUCUGGGAGUGAUAACAUGAUGGACAGCUCCUAGGUUGCUUUUGCAAUGAUAGAUUUCUCGGGAUGUUUUAGAUUUCUGAGUAGAAAAGUUGCGAUUUUUGUACGGGUUUGUGUGAUCAUUUUGACCAUUGAUAUUUUGUGCAUUUUAAGAGGCACUGGUGUGCUGUUAUUCAACUUUUGUAGGGUAAUUCAAAUGAACUGAAAUUACGCCGGAAGUUGAGUAGAAGCUACAUAUGUGCUUGUUAAAUUGUAUUCCUUCCGUUCCAUAAUUCUUGUUGAAAUAUUACAUGUAUCUAGACGCUUUCUAAAAA